CAAGCUUAUAAUUUUCCAAAAGUUCCCCGCAAACCUCCGAGCUGCGUCCAAUUGCGGAAGCACAGAAGACAACUUUGAAUACAGCCGACAUGUCCAAGACUAAAACGAAGCGCGCGCGUCGUGAAUUGAAGUGCGAGGGUGAGAGAAAAAUAGCAGCACACCACCGUAAGGCAGCAGCAAAAGCCGCAGAAACAAAACAAGCCACGACAAAACCACCCGCAAAGAAGAAGCAAAAGAUGAACUCGACCACCGCAAAAGACGCACCACCAGCAACCAAGCCCGCUCACGUCCAACCCUCGCAACGAAAACACGCCAUCCCCUUUGGCGAAUACGACCACAUUCUCCUCGUUGGCGAGGGCGACUUCAGCUUCACCCGCUCCCUCGCCAUCGAGCACGGCUGCGCAAACGUCACAGCCACAAGCUACGACUCGCGCGAAGACGUCGAAAGCAAAUAUCCAACCUUCGGCCCCAUCUCCACCGAGCUCUCCUCCCUCACACCCCCUGUCCCCCUCUUCCACUCCAUCGACGCCACAAAACUAUCAAGCUACAAGCACCUCCGUUGCAAGCGCGACGACGACGACGAUGGGGAGGAAGGCUGGGACACCAUUGCCUUCAUGUUUCCGCACACGGGUGGUCUCAGUACAGAUGUGAAUCGCCAGGUCCGCGCGAACCAAGCGUUACUAGUUGAAUUCUUCAAGUCGUGUAUUGAUACGAAAGAUGCGAAGCGGAGGUUGCAUAUUUUGCAGACGCAGAAGAGGGAGAAGGAGGAGAGUAGGAAGAGGAAGAGGGAUCAAUCCCAGGGAGAUUCACAGCAGGAACAGAGGAAACAGCAGAGUGUCAAACCGUUUCUUCGCAUAGGCGGCAAAAUCAUAGUCACACUCUUUGAAGGUGAACCUUACACUUUAUGGAAUAUACGCGAUUUAGCCCGGCACGUUGGUCUACGGGUAGUGGAGAGCUGGAAGUUUGACUGGGAGCAGUAUCCGGGUUACCACCACGUUCGCACGCUGGGGGCGCUCGAGGGCGGUGGGGGUUGGAAAGGUGAAGAUCGUGAGGCGAGAAUGUAUGUGUUUGAGAAGAUUCCGCUUGUGGCUGAUAGCGAUGAGGAGAAGGAGAUGGAGAGGGUGGCCAAGGUGGCGAGGGGGGGACGGUUGCCGAGUCAGAAGGAGGCGAUGAAGGCUGCCUUGCAGGGGGAUGAGGAGAAGGAUGAUGAGGAGGAAGACGAGGAAGACGAUGUUUGAGGCUUUAAAUCUCAUUCAAAUAAUGAUAUACCCGUCUUCGAGACUAGGAAAAGACUGUACCACCGAUACAGGCAGGACUAAAACCCACGCCGGGGCGUCCCGCCACGAUAAACCGAAAACAAACGCCCCGCUAUGCGCGUAUAAGCACUGUAUCAAAGAAAAAAACGCAACUUCCUGCUCCAAGAAAGAAAGAGAAGAAAAGAAAAGAAAUCACAUAAUAUACACCUUCCGCACCUCACUCUCCUUCCACUUCUCCCCCG